GUUAAGCUUUCCUGGGUUGGUUCCUCGUACAUUUUAUGUAAAGCCAGUUUGCUUAUGCGGGUGUGAAAAUAUAUUGAAUAAGUGGCUCUGUCCUUGACUGGUUCCAUCUUCCAACCGUUAUCCCGUGGCAGGCAGUCUCGCCUAGAGAGGAGCAAAAGAGAAGAGAGGAGUAAUCUCAUCAUCAUCCUCGUUAUUGUGGCCCAUUGUCGUUUUCAUUGCGCUUUUAUGACCAUAUUCCUUCUCAGUCCAUCCCUUUCACCGCCGAUCGACCAAUCCGAGAGCUCCCGCCAAUUUUAUGAGCAUCUCCCGACCAAUCCCCGCUCUCCUUUCCGGGCGAGGACUCCACGGGGCUUCGUCAGUCCUCAAGAUGGGUGGUCGAUCGUUGGUUCGCCCAUGUUGGUUUUUGGGCGAGGGCUCCGAGGGAUGGAACUCCGUUCUCCGUUCUCGGGAGAUGACACAAUAUGGAUUUAGUUUGGUGGCAACUGUGAUACUUCCAGGGCGUCAUGGUCUAACUUGGUUCCCUAUCCUUGAUGUGAUUCCGGAGUAGGAUGUUCCCGAUCUACCAGUCAAUCUACGGUACCCGACACGUUGGCAAUCCAUUCUUGAGUCCGUCGAGUGCACUGAUCCUCACGUCGUCUAGUCUUCCAAAUGGCUCCAUGAUGUCUGGGACUAAUGGCUUUGUAACAUCUGAAACGAAUCCCAGUUCCAAAACAAUCAAAGAGGAGCCUUUGGCCCAUUUGAAACAAAUGUUGGCGCCCCACUUCCAACCCAAUCGACGAUCCACGUCACCCAACAAGUUACGGGAGUCCCGGAUCCGAUCCCCGGGCCACUACGAACCCAAACGAGAGCCUCGGGAUCUCAAGGAGGAAGUCGAGGCCGAGAAUCGACCUUCAACUCCCACGGGUGAUCAGAUCAAAUCUGAGACCUGUGAUGACCUCUUCAGAUCCAGUGGCGUUGUGAUGAGCAAGGCCACGGCUGUGCCUUUUCUCAAGUUCAGUGUGAAUGCGAUCCUGGCCAAGGCUGCCAAGCAUGAACCUAAUGGCCAGGGAUCGUCCAUCUCUUCUGGACACGACUUCCUCCCCUUCUUGAGCCGUCAUCACCAUGGAGACCCGGAUAACAGUUACGCCUCAAUUAAAACCUCGCUCGCUAGUAGUCAAGCAAGCAGUGUGUUUCCUAACAUCUCCGUUUCUAGUCUGCCAAGCAACUUUCAAGAGCAACCCCAUUCUAGUCCUCCUCCUCCCCCUCCUCCAUCAUCGAUGUCAAUGAUGGUGUCCUCCUCGUGUUCCCCAUCCUUGAUCCCAAGGUCUCCGAGUGACUCGAUGGCCUCACCCCUGAUUGUGCCGGCCAAACCGGUGCCAAGUCGACCACUUCCAGUGUCUCAUGCCACACCCUCAGGACCACAACAGCUUUUCAGCAGUCACUUACAAUCGCUCUUGUACAGGCAUCAAUAUCUCUCAGGUGUUGGAUCAGGGGGGUUGGGACAACAUGGGCCAUUGGGUUCACUAGGUCAGAGCUCACCUCUGACCCUUCCUGGUUCUGGAACUACGGUGUUUCCACUCCCAGGAUCAUUCCCAUGGGCGGCUGGAGCUCGAGGCAAACCAAGGCGUGGCAUGCUUCGCAGAGCCGUGUUCUCCGACUAUCAAAGGAAAGGUCUGGAGAAGAGGUUUCAACUACAAAAAUACAUCUCAAAGCCGGAUCGAAAGAAACUCGCUGAAAAAUUAGGACUCAAAGACUCGCAGGUGAAGAUAUGGUUUCAAAAUCGACGCAUGAAGUGGCGAAACUCCAAGGAGCGAGAAUUAAUCGCUCAAGGAGGCUGCCGAGAACAAACUCUACCCACCAAACACAAUCCCAAUCCGGAUCUGUCGGACCCCGUGCCAAGGGCAGGCCAAUUACACGCGCACAACACCACGCCUACUUCUAACAGUCUCCAGAGUAAUGCGUUCCAUAGCCCCAAAUCGCUCUUCCCUUCGCCUCCAAGUUCGGCGUCAGACUUGGCGGGAAAGUUCAAGAUAUGGGCGCCAAAUACGAAUACGAACUUGGCCAAGGAACUGAAUGAAGUGGGAGGAGGCGUUUUUGAAGAGAAUGAACUUUUGGACGAAGAAAGUAAUGAUGACGACGACGAGGAUGAUGAGGAAGAGGAAGAGGAAAUUAAUGUAACAUAGAGCGAGGAAGGCAGCAGAUGAUAAUGACUCUCCUCUUAAACAAUAAAGAAAUCCAGCAUGACAA